CGCCCUCCUCUUCCCCUCCCGGGCCCGCAGCGCCUGGGCCGGGUUCGGGCGGAGACUCGCUCGCGCACGGAGCAGGCAAGAAGGAAAGUUUGCGGAGCGGCCGGCGCGGGGCCAUGUGGCUGCUGUGGCUGCUGCUGGGCUCGGCGGAGAGCCAGCUGUUGCCUGGGAAUAACUUCACAAAUGAAUGCAACAUUCCUGGAAACUUCAUGUGUAGUAACGGACGCUGUAUCCCAGGGGCCUGGCAGUGUGAUGGGCUGCCAGACUGCUUCGAUGAAAGUGACGAGAAGGAAUGCCCAAAAGCCAAAUCCAAAUGUGGCUCCACGUUCUUCCCCUGUGCUAGUGGGAUCCAUUGUAUCAUUGGCCGCUUCCGGUGCAAUGGCUUUGAGGACUGUCCAGAUGGCAGUGAUGAAGAAAAUUGUACAGCAAAUCCCUUGCUGUGCUCUACUGCCCGAUUCCACUGUAAGAACGGCCUUUGCAUCGAUAAAAGCUUUGUAUGCGACAGUCAAAAUAACUGCCAGGACAACAGUGAUGAAGAAAGCUGUGAAAGCCCUCAAGAAACUGGCAGUGGCCAAGAGUAUGUGACCUCAGAGAACCAGCUGCUCUAUUAUCCCAGCAUCACCUAUGCUAUAAUUGGCAGCUCGGUUAUCUUUGUGCUGGUGGCAGCCUUCCUCGCCUUGGUUUUGCACCACCAACGAAAACGCAACAACCUCAUGAGCCUGCCUGUGCAUCGGCUGCAGCACCCUGUCCUCCUGUCCCGGCUGGUGGUCCUUGAUCAUCCACAUCAUUGCAGCGUCACCUACAAUGUCAACAAUGGAAUUCAGUACAUGUCCAACCAGACCUGCCAUAGGCCACUGGAUCUGGAUUCUCCACCAUCCUAUUCAGAGGCUGUGUUAGACCAAAGCAGACCACCUUGGUUUGAUCUUCCUCCACCCCCUUACUGCUCAGAUUCUGAAUCCCCCAGCCUGACAGAUCUCCCUCCUUACCAAUCUCGGACAGGAAGCUUGGUGAGCACAGACACCCCAAUGGCAGGAAGCCCCUUGAGCACAGGCAGCAGUCGGACAAGAGGUGUCAGUAACAGUAUGGACCAUCGCAGGAGUCUUCGUGAGAGAACACCUGAGCAAAAUGACUCUCUGAUCAAUCCUGUUGCUGAAAGAGAAAUGUGACCAGAGUAUUGAAAAGGGUAUAUGGGUUAGUCUGCUGUGGCUUGUUACCGUCAGAGAUGGGCCUGAGCUGUGAAGUUCAGAAUGGGAUUUGAUUUGACUCCAAGUCCAAACUUCCCCAAGUUUCACAGGUGCUCUGUUUUGGUGUUUGGGCUUAUCAUAGGCAAAGACCAGAGCCAUGAGUUGUAGAUCCAGGUUCACAUCUGAACUGCCCAGAGUUGGUAGAAGAGGGGUUAAGUCUGGGAUUCCGGUUCAGAUCUGUUGAAUACUUAAGACUUUGUGAUUUAAUGUAUUUCAGGGUGUACUUUACUGUAUAUGUAUAUAUGUGCUUGUGUAAUAUGUAUAGGUAUUCCACACAAAAAACUGUUAAAACAUUCAGGUUACCAAGUCAAGCACUCAGAAUAUAGGAAAUGAUGGAAUUCAGGUUGCCUGGGAAACCUUAAUUUGACCCCCUUUUGUGUGUGUGCGUUAAGGUACAAUCUUUAAUUACAUGGUCACACACUAAUUUUUUCUGCAGGAUCCCUGCCUCUUGGCAUGCACAGGAUGGAUUGUGGUCCAUUAGUGAGCAGCUAUUCAAUAUUUUGUUUUAGCCUCAUUGUUCAAUUUGUGGUUCUAGGCCUUAUUUAUUGCACACUACUCAAACCCUGCUGUGCAGACAGAAUUAUUAAUUUCCUCAUGGUUUUUCUGUGGCAUUUAUCAUUAUAGCGUCUAAGAAGCUUCACAAAUAUUAAUGAAGUUAUUUUCACAACAACUUUGAGAUGAAGUGGUGGUAUCCCCAUUUUACAGAUGGGAAAUGAGGCAUGGAGAGAUUAAGGUUAAAAGUGUCCACUAAUUUGGGAUGCCCAAUUUGAGACACCUUGGACCUGAUUUUUAGAGCACUUAACGUUCUAUAGCACUUUAUAUGUUCAAACAUACCUCCCAUUGUCUUCAGUUGCAGCUGUGAGUGCUCAGCACUUCUGCAGGUCAGACCCCAGGGUCUCAAGUCUGGCACCCAGAUACUGAGGAACACACAGUAAGUGGCCACCUCUGAAAAGUUUGGUUUAAGUGACUUGCCCAGUGUCACAUAGGAACUCGGUUGCAAAGGGAGAUAGAAUUUCAGUUUUCCAGGGCAGCUUUCAGCUGCUGUAACCAUAAGACUAUCCUUUCUCUUCUGCGGUCACCUGCUUCAUCCACGACACACCUUCCAGCUUCUGCAGUAAAUGAGGCAGGACUAGUCGCUUUUACUACACAACCCUGAUUUAUCCCCAGAGCAAGUGCAUCCUGUGCACUGAUUGAAGCAGGGGUCCUGGGGAAAACAUAGUGUGUGAUCAUGUAGGUUAAGACUGUACCGUAAUGGAGAUGCCCAAAGACUCCAAACUAAAGUUGUGCACAUAACCUUAAUUCUGGCAUGCGCUAACUUUUGAGUACUUGAUUAGCAAGCUUAAUGUUUUUAUGUAAUUUUUUGUGUGGAAUUUCAUAGGUUUUUUUAAAAAGCAAACUGAAGAAACAAAUUCUAAUAUGUAGCAUCAUAUUAACAGCUAGCAUAGGUCAUCAGCAGAGCUGGAACCUUUAGAUCUGCACAGACUUCUGCCACUUGAGCUAAUGGAGUAACUGAUAGCUGUAGUAAGUUGUCAUCCUAGCAGGGGAUGUGAUACACUUUGCAACUUGGUUUCAAAGAUAUUUGCUGACCGCAGAGGGAUGGUGAGGCUCAGGAACCAUGAGUUUCAUUCCAAGCUCUUAAGGGGAGUGUCCUCUAGUGGCCACAAACCCCUCUGCCAAUUCCUCUCAUGCAGUGUCUUUUGUCCCAUAGUCUCCAACCUGACCCUGUUCUGUCUUUUCUCCACCCCAGCUCCUAAUCCCAGUUGCAUUCUCGUCACCUAGCCAAUGCCAGUUUCCACUCCUCAGGCUUCUCGUGGCCAAACAGUCCUAGUCUCCUUAUCCUUGCUGUCAGUCCUGCUGUCUGUCAGCAUCCCUCCUCUCGCUCCCCCCCGCCCCCCCCCCGGUUCCUGGCUGCUCAUCCAGUUUCUCUUCACCCUGCCAAAGAUCCUCCUCCAUCUUAGCCUUUCCUCACCUAAUACAUGGCUCUUUGUCCCAGACUUUCCCCUCUCCCUGGUUUCUUGUCUGUCUGUUUGCCCUGCCAGUCCCAUUUUUUCCCCCCACACUUCAGGUCCUCAUCAGAUCUGUUUCCCCCCCCCCCCUUCGCCUCAGCUCCCUGUCUCCCUCCCUCCCUGUCUCCCUCCCUCCCUGAUCCAGUUUGGUUCUUGUCCUCUCUGCGUUUGAGUCAGGUGGCUCCCUCCUCCACACUGCCUGAGGUCCAGGAGGGGUUCACUGAUCGUGUAGAAGAGACUAGCUCCCUGCUCGCAGUUCCAAUGCCCAGCCCCCUCUUCCCCUCUCUGCUCCCUACCUGCAGCAGCCAGGUCCUGCUUCUCCCAUACCCCUCAAUCCUUGGACUGGAGCAUGCUCAAUGUGAACAAAAUUUUUGGAAAUUUUAACUUUGAAGCUAUGACAAGUCUCUGAGUAAACUGAGGUUUUCACAUUUGGAUGGUUUUUUCAACAGGAAAAGCAAAAGGCACAUCCCUUACAUGAAAGCCACUUUCUGACAAGUUUCAAAACCCUGCUCCAACACAUGAGGGCACUAAAACUUCUCAACCAAGUGGUUGUAAGAAUUGUUUUAACGUGGCAAAACAAUAUAUUUUCCCUAAUUUUGUUCUCUGAAACUGCUGGACCAUUUUGGCUAAAACAUUAAAAACAAAAUUCAGCCACUGGCAGAUACCUGGCAUGAAAAAUUUCAGCCCAAAUGGCUAAAGUUUGGAAAAACAAAAUCAACUGAAGACAGGGUCUUAUAAUGAAAAGUAUCAGGCGACCAUAAUAGGCAUACUGCCAGCACUGCCUGUAAAAUAUAUAUCCAUGCAUACACACAUGGCUUUUUACAUAACAUAAAAUGGGUAUGUGUGCAUAUUAUGUAACGUAUUUCACUGGCAUACAUAUCUGGUAUCUUUGGAAACAAGACUUAAAUUUCAUACUAAAAAAUAUUGGUGUCAUGUGGAAAACCAUUUAUUUUCUACGUUUGCUCUUAUUCAUAGUUUCCCUGCCUGAAAUUUAAGUUUCUGCAUAAAAACAAAAGCACAGUGGAAUUACACAAGGCAUUAAUUCAGCCCAGUAUUUCUUUCUUCCAUUUUAUGUUCUCAUUCUUGGAGUAUUUCCAUCUGAAAUGUUUGGACCAUAAGUGAAAGAGUGUUUAAAUGCCAUUGUGAAAAGCUGUGUUGUAGGUACAGGGAGUCAGUGUGAAAGGAAGAAAGCUAAGCUGUCCCUAUUGCUGCUACUUUAAAUGCCACUAUAUUCCUAUGGUUUAUUUUUAUAUACAGUAGAGAUGACAGUGCCCUUUCUCAUAUCCAGACAGAAAUUAGCCCUGAAAUAUAGUCAUAUCCGUUUCUUCAUAUAGAGCCUGAUACACCAUUGCCUUACUCCAGAUUUAUGCCAGUGCACAUAGGCAUAAAAUAGGAAUAAUAGAGGUGAAACAACGUAAGGUUUUCAGAGCAUAGCUCCAAACUGAUCUUGGGCAAACUCAUAUAGUUUAUGGUCCCAUAUGAAUGAGCAUUUGUCAGCGUUCCAUUUACCUAUGUGUUUCAUAGGCGUCAGUUCUCUUCUUAUCACUGUAGUAGCUUGGAGCCAAAAAUUUUGGUGAAUUCUACAAAUAUAGGUGGAUUUAAAAGUGAGAUGGUGCAGUAGAAAGCAUCACUGAUAUCUCUGCUUGCCCCUUAAGUUAAUUAUCAGCAGCAUUUCCAUAUGGUCCCUGCGCAGCCCAUCUUUCUUGGGGCACUCAGGACUGUUGGUUACUAUGUUACCCGCUGUCUGUGUGCAAGAGAGACUUGCUGGUGCUAAACUGGGUGUCACUCCAAUCUGUUAGCCACCCCAAACAAUCUCCCCAGAAGCUCUGCCAGCCUUUACUUCACCUCACGGGUUAACAUUAGGUGCACCCCAAACCCCAUUGAAGAGUGUUCCCCUCUCGUAUCCAGCCCCCAUCACUGGGCACUCACAGAAAUUACCAUGUUCAGUGUCUUCAAAGAGACAGUGUACAAACCAGCCUGUUUGAUUUAGCUGAGGAGAUGCAUUUUAUUUAAUGUACAGCUUGAGGUGAAUUUAUAAUAUGACAAAGGAUAAGUUUAUUAACAAAGACCAGAGAUUUAAUUGAUACUGAGUAAAGAUAGUGGAAACAGAAUUGGUUACAAGUAAAAGCAUAACACGCUUCCAAGAAACUAAAUAUAACGUUAGCAGUCUAGACUCCUUUGUCUACAAUGGUUUCAUUCUCACCCUCAAAGACUUUCUAGAGCGCUUGCUGAUUUUUCAGUCAAAUCGGGAUCCAGAUUUUUCAUUAAUCACCUGUCCUCCACAAAGGCUGUUCCUUAGUGGAAUGGAUAACACGGUGUCCUUUUGCUUCUCCUUAUAUUCCCCAAAGUCCAAUGUCUUCAUUUCUAGAGUCAGGAUGACACCCCUGGGGUUCAGACCCUGGUUUGUUCUCAAGAUGCUGAUGUCAUGCUGCUCUCUCACCCUCCUGUUUGUUUACCUGAGAUGCAAAGGUGUAACGCCCAUUCUGUUUGGCUUAUCCUGCUUAAUUUGUAUAGAAGACCUAGACAGACAUGGUAAAACAACAUUUCUUUGUCUAGGAAAGAUUUGUUUAUCAAUCCUGCCUGGUUACAGAGUUUAAACAUAUUUUCAAUACAUACAACUUUUUAAAUAUCACCCAUACAUACAUCACAGAAUGACCAUAAGAUAUAAGCUUUCAUUUGAUUUCUCCCAUGACCUUCCUUACAGAUAAAUACGAUGACAGCAUUGUGUUAAAUGUAGUGAAUUUGUGAGGCCUGAUAGGAGUUGCUGUUACAGAACAGUGAACCCUUUGAGAGGCUCUAAGGGCAUUGAGGGGCUCUAAGGGUCACACCAUCCUGAACUGUAAAGCAGAGGAAUGCUGCUUAAAUAUUAACUACUUGUACAGCACACAAACAUAGGGCCAGAUUCACCUUUAGUAGAAGCUCAUGCAAUGUAGUUAUGCCCUCCUGCACAAGGCUGAGUGGGCAGUUAAGCAUGCUGUCCUUAUAGCUCACUAGAGAGCUAAAUAUUAUCUUUGGCAGGUAGCUAAUAUCCAGUCCUUAUUUUACAAAUAAGUAAAUGGAGGCACAAAACUGAGUUGGCAAAAUUGGAGAUUAAAUUCAGUUCCUAUGUCCCAGACCGGUUCUGUAACCAUGAGACUCUGCUGCCUUUCCUUUGAACAGCCUUUUACUAAAGUGCUACAUAAUAGAGCAUCUGAAUUAAUCUGUGUGUUUCCUAUCCCCAUUCGUAUCACUAGCAUUUGAAAUGUUACUCCAAAUUUCUAAAAAUCAUUACUCAAAUGUUCAUACGUUUUCCACCACAUAAUUGUAAUAUUUUUUAAAAGUCCCCUAAAGCACUGGGUGAAAUUCAGCCAUAGGGCUUAAGUGGGACUUACAUGCUACAUAUCCCUUGUGCAGGCCUUCUUCAUGGGCUGAAUUUCACCAUGCGUGAAUAGGUUCUCCCAGACAUCAGAAGCAUGUGCAAACAGCUAUGCCUUGGAAGCACUGUCUCCCAUUGCCAGGGCACAUGUACCAAGUGAACAUCAUGUCAUCUGCUCCUUCAUCCCACUUAUCAGUCACUGUCAUAUGUAAGUAAGAUAUUCUUUCAGGGUAUGUAUAUUCAUGUACAUUUGAAUUGAAGUUGAUCCAUUUGGACUUUUUAAAAAAAAAAUUGCAUUCUAGGGGUGUGUGUUUGCUUCCCUUCCAGCUAAGGGUGUAUUUAUCUCUGUAUAGGAAAGAAGUGUUUUAAAAGUGGGGAUUGGGCAUUGAAAUUGGGUUGUAAAAGGAGAUUGUGCCUUUCCAGUUCAAUGGUGGAAUUUUUUGGUAACAAGACACAUUAGACUAAGCUGUGUGUAGCAGUUUGUGCAUUGUUGCACUUUUGGUUAUUUAUCAAAUUCUUGAAGGAUACAGUGCUAGGAAUACAUCUCUUCUCCAUCUUGGUGGUUCUUUAUUUGUGGAAAUGUAGCGUUACUCUCUACAGUAUGGGAACUUACUCCCUUAUGGGAACUAAUGAACUUUGAGGAGUCCUGAAACAUCAGCACUUCAUUCUAGGAAACAACACUAAGAAGUGAAGUAAGAAGUUUUGCCAUUACACAUUUUCAUAGUGCUAAGAAUGAGUUUGCUAACCACCCCUUAUUUAGAAAAUGCUAUAGUAUUUCACAGGAAUUAUCUGUAACGUGACACCUUCCAGAAUUGUUACUACAGUGCAUAAUUUUGUGAUCUUUUUAGAAGGGGUGGUAGCAACUUUUGCAUUGAUGAAAUUGAAAUCUGAAGCUCCUUGAUCAGUUCAGCAUGCAAAGUUGAAGUUGAAAACAAUUGUAUGCAGUACCAUGGGAAAGAAAUUUUUCUCUCCAUGCCCAAUAAAACUGGACUUUACUAUGAUGAUCUACUUUUCAGCUAUUCUUGACUCUAAACCUUGGUAUCCAUACUCAAGGAGCUUUUGGUUACAUGUUGCACCAGAACAAAUGAAUUCCUCUUUAAGGGCUUGGCUACACUUACAUUUUAUAGUUCUCUAACUUGCUGGCUUAGGGGUGUGAAAAAUCACCCCCCUGAGUGCAACAAGUCAGAGCGCUAAUGUAAACAGGCUCCGAGCCCCAGCGCUCGGAGCUAAUCCCAUCGUGGAGGUGGAUUACCAGGAGCACUGGGAGACCUCUCUUCCAGCGCUUGCAUGUGCCCACACUCGCACUUCAAAGCACUGCCAUGGGAGCGCUCCCGUGACAGUGCUUUGAAGUUUCCAGUGUAGCCAUGCCCUUAGGCCUGAUCUUGCAUGACUGAAGACUAUCGGGGUUUUGCUAUGAGCCCAAAUCUGAUCAUUUUACUUGCAUUAAGUAGAUCCAUUGAUAUGUGGAACUAGUCUCAAUGGGUCUACUCAGAGCAAUUAGAGUAUUAGAAUAAUGUUAAAAUAAUAUUAGAAUAAUUUAUUUCCGUGGAACCACUUGAGGAGUAGAGGAUCAGAAUGGGCCCAAUGGAAGCAGGGUUUGGGCUUGGAGGGCAUGUAUUUCAGAAGUUCUGAGCAUCAACAAGCCCCAUUGAAGUCACUGGGUGCUGCAGAUAUAGCAUCUUGAAAUUUAGCCCAUGAUUGAAUAUGUUUAUAAUAAUCUGAAGUAAGAUAUAAAACAAAUUAACCUCUGGUGUGGUGCUAAUGGAAAACUAGAGUAGUGUUUUUAAAACGGUGCCUAUGAAUAACUUUCUCCAUUCUUAUCUAUGCUGAAACACACAACAGCACUGAUUGCAUCGGGAUUCUAAAUAGCUGGCCUAGUUCUUUGUCUCCUUCUCAGUCAGAUCAGUUUUAUUUACAACAUUGUACUUAGAUACAGCAAAUGGGGCCCUUGUGGUGGAUUUACAAGUUGGGUGGGUGAAAGAAGGAGAGCAUUUCCAUUUGAAUUAAUACUGCAGCAUGAUAAUCUUGGGCUCUUUAGUUUUAGACAUCUUAGAAAAGACAAAUGGCUUCAGCAGAUAAGGAAAAACUAUUACUGAUGGAAAGAGCAGAGGGACAUUUUUUAUUCUGAAUGCAAUUAUUAAUGAAUAUUUAAAUAUAAAUAAAGGAGGAACUAAUGCUGUAAUUUUAAAGGGAUGAUCAUAUGGCAAACACUUAAUUUUUAACUAAUGCCAGACAGAAGCUGUAUUGCAGGUACUGCCCUUGAGUAAAUUAGGAGAACUAUCCUUUUUUAAUUUUCUUUGUGAAACGGAAUCUUGCUGCAUAUUUUACCAUUGUAAAUGAUUUCUGAAUAUAAUGCUAGGCCCAGAUCAUGCAAUCCGUAGGUGACUUACAGUGAAGCUUCGCAGAGGUGUGAGGAUCAUACAUCUGAUUGCAGGGUUUUGGCCUUAGUUUCCAUCCUAUUCUCCCUGUUUUUGAUCUUGCUUUUCCCUCUGUAAUCAAGAUUUUACAUGAGAACCUACAAAAAAAAGUUGCAGAUUGAAACCACACCUAGUUUGUUACUCUAAACUGGAAAUUUUAAAAUGUAUUCUACAUUCUUAAAUAAAGUUGGAGUUUCACUUGU